AUGAAUGACGAACACACUUAUGAAUGGGAAACCAUCACAGCAGAGUUAAACAUCAUAAAACCAGUGAAUGAGAUUGAGAUACAGGACGUGCUAGGCAAGAGUCUCGACAAACUGGAAAAAUGGGAAGCAUUCUACGAAAUGUAUGCGAAACGGAUGGGUUUCGGCACAAGGAAAGACGAUGUACGACGUUCUCAUGGGGUCAUUGUAAUGCGGAGGUGGGUUUGUUGUUCGCAGGGUUCGAAAAAAAUCGCAUCACCAGACACACCAAGAAAAAAAAGACCUCAUGAUGUCACUAGAACCGGAUGUCAGGCAGCAUUGCGUAUUUUACUCACACAACCGUGUAACACUUGGAAAUGCAAAGAGUUCAGCACAAUGCACAAUCACGAGCUGGCUUCAUCAAGUGAGGUACAAUUUUUGAGAUCAUAUAGAGUUGUCUCCAAUGGGUUGCUUGCCCAAGUUAGGUCGAUGAACUCCGUAGGAAUUAAAACUGCCAACAUAAUGUCUCAUGUUGCUUUGCAAAGUGGAGGUUACGAGAAAAUGCCAUGUCAACUUCGAGAUGUGUACAACAGGGUUGCUGAAUGCCAUGGAGAUAAGAAGCCAAGUGUUGUAGUUACUGACCAAGAUGCGGCCAUGAAACAGGCUAUCGUUGAACACAUGCAUGAUGUUACGCACCGUCUCUGCGCUUGGCAUCUCAAUACAAAUGCUUCGAAAAAGGUUAAAGAUCCGAUCUUCUUAAAAACAUUUAAGGAUCUCAUGUACAACUACUACGAGGAGGAAGAAUUUGAAGCAAGAUGGUUAGACGUCAUCCAAACCCAACAACUAACCGUAUAA